CGCAGAGCUAAGUCAAUGUCGCCGACAAAUACUGCGGUAGUGCUCGCCGGACCGCCACCACAGCUCGACGUGUCGCGGCCCACUCUACACCUCGCGAGACUAAACACGCGGCCACCAAAACAAACCAUACAACCACCAAGAAAAACCUGCAUGAUAAGAUACGUCAGACAAUUUUUCACCAUGAAACCUCCAGUGAACGCUGCCCUCCUCCACGAUGUGGACAUCCCUACCAAGAAGGCCACCUUCGGCAUGGGCUGCUUCUGGUCCAACGAUUCCCUUUUUGGCGCCACUCCUGGCGUCGUGAGGACACGCGUCGGGUACUCCGGAGGCACCACGAAGAGCCCUCAUUAUAGGAACAUUGGCGACCACACCGAGGUGAUCGAGCUGGACUUCGACCCCAAGACUGUGACGUUCGUGGAGCUCCUGGAGAUGUUCUGGGCCAACCACGAGUACGGACUAACCACCAAGCUCAAGAGACAGUACCAAUCUAUGAUCCUGUACCACGACGAGGAGCAGCGAGCGGCGGCUGAAGCCUCGUACAAGGAGAUGCUGGCUCGCGUGGGACAGUUGCGGACCGAGAUCGCGCCUGCUGGGACCUUCUACCCAGCUGAGGACUACCACCAGAAAUAUCGCCUGCAAGGCCACAAGGACCUCUGCCGCAGCCUCGGCCUGGAUUCCACCAGGCUCCAGACUUCCCACCUGGCGGCCAGGCUCAAUGGCUACCUGGUGGGGAUGGGGGGAAAGGCCCAGUUUGAGGAGGAGGUGAAGAAGCUUGGUUUAGACGAGAAACAAGCUGAUUACGUCAGGAAAGAGCUGGAGAGAAACGAGGGUGGCGGUCUGGCGUGCUAGGUUUAGAUGCUGGAAGUUUGGGCAGUCGUCAUGUUGAUAUUAUUAUAUUAUAGAAGAUGUGUUGGAAGCUGGGUGCAAAGUUUCAU